GUUGCCGCAGUGCGUUGUGGGUGGCCUGACCCCGCAUCGUUUCCUGUUUCCCGCCGCUCCCAGGCUCGGCAGAACCGAGCCGAAACCAGCGCGCGAGGAGGGCGCCGGCGCGCGCGGGACCAUGGCGAAGACCUACGACUACCUGUUCAAGCUGCUGCUGAUCGGAGACAGCGGCGUGGGGAAGACGUGUCUGCUGUUCCGCUUCAGCGAGGACGCCUUCAACACCACCUUCAUCUCCACCAUCGGAAUCGACUUUAAAAUCCGGACGGUGGACCUGGACGGGAAGAAGAUCAAGCUUCAGAUUUGGGACACAGCAGGUCAGGAACGCUUCAGAACCAUCACAACAGCCUAUUACAGAGGAGCUAUGGGCAUCAUGCUUGUUUACGACAUCACCAAUGAGAAAUCGUUUGACAACAUCAGAAACUGGAUACGCAACAUUGAGGAGCACGCGUCAGCGGACGUGGAGAGGAUGGUUCUGGGGAACAAGUGCGACAUGAACGACAGAAGACAAGUGUCCAAGGAGAGAGGCGAGAAGCUCGCCAUCGACUACAGCAUCAAGUUUCUGGAGACCAGCGCAAAGUCCAGCAUCAACGUGGAGGAGGCCUUCCUCACCCUCGCCAGAGACAUCAUGAGCCGCCUCAACAGGAAGAUGCAUAACGACAGUUCGGCAGGUGGGGGCGGAGCCAUCCAGAUCAAGGAGCCCCGCUCCAAGAAGAGCCUGUUCAGGUGUCUGCUGCUGUAGGCGGAGCCUCCUGCAGUGUGAAGGAGCCCACUGCCCCCCUCCUCUCCCCUUUCUGCUGGACAGAUUCACCUGGAGGACACGGCGAUGAGUGGGCGGAACCGCGACGGAGAGCCCGGUUCUGGUUUUUGUGCUCAACACACCUGAAACUGACGUGAAAUCCCCGUUCUCACCAGAAAGUCUUAACGCCACCCGUACGCACAGCCAGAUUAUCGCCACCAAAACCUUUUUCUUAAACUCCUUUGGCUCCUCCCACUUCACCUGCCAGAGAGUCGAGCAAUCAGGAGCGCAGGGGGGGCCACUCCUUUCAGAGACGUCAAACUCCACCUCUGACUGGCGGGCGUCCUACUGCAGGGGUGGAGUUAGCAGGAGACCCGCCCCCUCGAGGCGUGGGAUUCAUUGUUAGCAGAAAAGUCUGGGUUUAGUUUGACUUGACUUGAGCAGCAAAGACUCAAUAAUCCAUAAUCCAGGCAGCAAAUCCAACCUCAGAAAUGUUCCUGCAGAAAUCUGCUCAGACGUUAUUCUGGUAACUCGCAGAGUUAAAGCCUACAGAAGGGGAGGAGCCUAGAACUUGAAUUUAGUUUCUUUAGCUUUGAUUUAGCAUUUUUCUGUAUCUGCGUCACAGGAAGUUUCUGAUCUGCUCCUUUUGAUGUGUUGCUUUUAUUUUAGAGGCCUUUAAUUUGAAACUUCCAGAGGAAGUUGUCUGGGUCGACCCAGAAACCUUUGGGCCGCCGACCUGCAGAACCUUUCACUGUGACCAAAGAGCCGUCAGACACAGAACUGUCCAGAAAUCACGUAUCCUGCAUGUAUUAAAACAGUCUUUUUCUGUGAAUAAGAGUUUGUUCCCUUUAAAACCUCGUUUAUUCUCCGAAGGGCCAGAAACCUUUGUAUUUUUCAGGUGAUGUUCAUCUGCAGGUGAAGCGCUCUUCUGUUUGCAGGAGGAAACAGCGCUGAUGCAAAAACAACCAGUGUGUUACAGAAACGGUCCUCCAGCAGAGAGGCCUUCAACUGUUUUAUAUCAUUGUCUCCUAAAAUUCAAGUUUUCUUCCUCAUUAACUUUGUUUUGACGUGAAAACUUCCAAUAAAGGUGUUUUAUAUUUGGA